UCACACUUUUAUUUAGGCUUUUAUUUAUUAAUUAUUCUUUUAUUUAUUUAUUAACAUCAACAUUGAUAAACUAUGAAAACAUAGUUUAUAUAAACUAUGAUAACACCUUGUAUUAUGAUAAAUUGUCAAGCAAUCUUGGAAUUAGAGUAGACCCGAUGUGCAUCGAGUGUUCUAAAAGAAUGCUAUUUGUGGGAUGCACGUUCUAUUUACGGGCGCAAGAAUGUCCUGACCCUUUACAGAACAUUUUUAGUAUGCGUAAAACGUACGAAAAAAAGACUAAAAGAAGAAUUCUCAACAAGAAUUAGCAUAGCAUUCUUGUGAUUUAGUGCAUUCUAUAUUGCUGCGAACGAAUGAAUUCUAAUAGAGUUCUACUCUACACCCAUGCUAUGCAUAGAUUGCUAUUAGAAUGUUAGUAGAAUGAUACAUACAUACGUCAUUACUGAAGUGGGAAACCCAAAAGAAAGGCUUUGGCACGCCGCACGGAAUCAGGAGAUUUUAACAAAUAUAUAAAAAUGGCUUCAGGGAAAAAGUUUUCAGUUGUUAAUUUUCCUAAAGAGAAAAAAGUGGCAGUGGUGGCCACAGUUUGGCUAAAUCAAUCUUUAACCAAAUGUGCAUGGCCCAUAGGACCUGGCUGUGAAGAUAAGUUGAAAACAUGUGCAAAUCCGGAAAGCAACUGGCCCAAGUUUCCUUGUCGUCAUCUAAAAUUUGCUUACUCGUUGGAUCAGGCCACACGAUAUUGUGAGCAAGCACGGGUAACGGAUAAUAUUGUGUCCUCAGGAGCCGAAGGCGGAAUUAUCGGACCAGUUGUUUCUAGAAAAAAGAAAACGGAAAAAGCCCUACCAAGAGUACCAGGUAGUGAUUCCUCAGGUUCGAGUUCGGGUGAAGAUAAUAUUAAUCUUCCUUCAACAAGAAAUGAAUUUAUAUCCACCGAGGGAAAUGAAGAAAUGACAAAUGAAGAUGAAGAUGAAUUUUCAAGUCCAGCCAACCAUAACAACUCGAACGCAGCAGCCGAUAAUGAUAUCAACGUCCAAGAAACAGCUGAUUUAGCAGUACUGGAGGUUCCAUCAUACGCAUUCACUCUGAUAAGUCUGUUGGAAGGGCUAAAAACGGAAUUUCAUAGUGAGUCAUUAUUGCUAGUUAAUAAAUUGCAUAAACCUUUGUCUUUUAUAAAAUGAUCUUACUUUAGAAUCUCUAAUGCUAAUUUAUUCCAUUUUGAAGAUUCACAGGAAAUAAUUGUAUAGCAUCUGGUCAACAUUAAUGCAAAUUUACUUGAACUACUGAGACGUACAAAUCCACAAAAUAACCAGAUUCCAGGAGAAAGAAUUGACAAUCCCCCACUUCCGCUGUUAUUGCUCGAGGAUUUGGAGAAUUUUAAUAAAUGGUUGGGCGUGAGCAACAACAUCGAGAAAUUGGUAAAUGAUGUACAUGGAUAUCUAUGACACGACUGUAAAUUUGAUUAAAAUUUUGCAUUCCUAGGCCAACAAAUUAAAAGAUCUAGGUGGCAACACUCCGGAAGAAAUAACCAAGCGGAUUUUGAGUGAAAUUAUAUCUACCCAAUUGGCCAGAGUACUGAGUUUGACCGGGACCGGAGUUCACGCCAAAGCUGGUAUAAGGAAGACAAACCUGCAGACAUUAUUAAACUUGACCGUGAGAUCGUCAAAGAAGGCAGAAACUUUUAGCGAUGCGGAUAUUGAAAAAGUAAUCAAAGGUUGGCUAAAGAACUCAAAACCACGGGACAUCAGCCAACGAAAGAAAAAUGAAACUCGUGUCGCCUCGGACGGGUCGGAGACGCCGGCGCCUUCAGAUUAAUGAGAUUUUGUCAACAAUGAGAACCUCCCAAGAGAUCCCUCAAGUUAACGUUCAAAAUAUUAAUAGUUCUUGUCAACCUACAACAACCUUUCCGGCGAAGCCGGGUAGUUUUAGCGAAGUUUCUAGUUUAGAUGGAAUGUGCAAUUCGAAUGAAGUUGAUGAUGACGGAAAUAUAACUUUAAGUAGCGAUUUUAGUGAUGAGGCCAGUAUAGAAGUAAAUGAAACAGUUACCCCUUUAGAUUUAUCGUUGAGAGAAUGGGUCCUUCAGCACAAUAUUAAACAUGCUGCUCUUCGAGAUUUGCUAAAAAUUAUGAAUAAUGCAGGGCAUAAGUUCCCAAAUGAUCCACGCACCCUUAUGCGAACCCCAAAGUGUAUACAAGUUACGCAGGUUAGUGGAGGACAAUUUGUAUACUUAGGAAUUGAAAAUUAUUUAAUUUCAAGAUUGCCUUUCGGUUUAAAAUGUUCUUCAAGUCAACAUAGUUAUAAUAUUUUACAAUCAAAAGUAGGACGACUCGGAGUGCCAUUAAUAACAUUGACGAUUGGUAUUGAUGGCAUUCCUGUGUCUAAAAGUAGCAAUAAGCAAUUUUGGCCUAUAUUAGGUAAAAUAAACCAGUCAAAUUUAGAGUCACCUUUCGUAAUUGGUAUCUUUUACGGGGAAUCAAAACCAAAAAAUCAGGAGUUUUUAAAGGAAUUUAUUGACGAGUGCAAAAGACUGGAAUUGGGAGGAUUUUGGUUCAACAAUAUUAAAUAUGAAUUCCGAAUCUCAAAACUACUAGCUGACGCUCCAGCCCGUAGCUUUAUAAAAAGUUCGAGAAAUCACAAUAGUUAUCAUGGCUGCGAGAAGUGUACAGAAGAUGGGGAAUAUUUUGGACGAGUGGUCUAUCCUAGCGUAAACUAUUCUAAGAGGUCGGAUGAGGAUUUCAAAAACCAGAUUGAUUCCUUACAUCAUACUUCUACUAGCAUUUUUAAUGAAUUAGAUUUUGGGAUGGUUUCUCAAGUGCCGUUAGAUUAUCUUCAUUUAGUGUGCCUCGGCGUUGUACGCAAGUUAUUAAGACAAUGGGUUAAAGGUGAUCUACCGUAUCGAUUACGAAGCCAAAAAACUUUACAGAUAGGAUCUCGCAUGCAACUAUUUCGAAAAUAUUUUCCAUCUUGUUUCCAGCGUUUGCCGAGGUCGGUUGUGCACGUUGAUAACUUUAAAGGGUCAGAAUUUCGAAGCUUUAUUUUGUACACAGGAGCAGGCGCAUUAGUAGAUAUUAUUCCUCGACGCGAAUAUAAAAAUUUCCUUCGUUUGCACUGCGCUAUGUUCAUUUUGUUGUCCAAGAAGGCAGACAAUUUGGAAUGGAAUGGGGUUGCGGAGUCACUAUUGAAAGAGUUCGUAACGAAAUGUAUUAUUUUGUAUGGAGUUAAAUUUGCAGUAUACAAUGUGCAUGGAUUACUCCACAUUCACGACGAUGCAAUUUUGUUUGGAAACUUGGAUCAAAUCAGCACGUUUCCUUUUGAAAAUUAUAUGCAACAAAUAAAACGCUGGAUUCAUUCGCAUAAUUAUUUCUUAGAACAAGUUUCCAAACGAAUAUUGGAGAAUGAAAUCCUACACAUUGACAUGAAAAAGCGCAACGAAGUAAAAAUCAAUGAAAAACCUUGGUACACGAAAAUAUAUAAAAGAAAUGGUAACUGUUUCAUGCUAAAAACUGGUAAAAUAAUUGUAUUUAGAGAGUAUCUUCACUUGUUAGAAAAUGCAAAAGUUAAAUUUAUGGUGCAAUAUUUUGAGCACUUACAACGUGUUGAUCAUUACCCUAUUGAUAGCACUAAAUUAGGAAUAUUUUUAGCAGAUAAGCUAGGGGAUAAAGUUUGUGUUGAGUUGCAGGAAAGUGAUUUGUUACAUCAAUGUACAAGAUUACCUUAUAAGAAAUAUUUUAUGUGUUUCCCCUUAUUACACUCAAUAAAUUAAUAAUUGUUUUUUGUACAUGAAUAUUGUUAAUUUGAGUCAUUAGCAUCUAAGAAAAGAACACUAUUCGCAUUCUAAAGUACGCAUUUAGAUAGAACGCUAUUUCCAGAAUUCUUAAUGAAGGCUGUCCCGAGAAGUCUGAUAGAAUGCUGUCCAGCACUCUACAAGAAUUCCAUGUACAGAAUUCUAUUAGAAUAUCUCAAGGUGGCCAAAAUCGUAAUGCUAAUAGAUUGCACGGUCAACCUCCAAAUAGCAUUCUUUUAGAACACUCGA